UACAUGCAGCUAGCAGCCAGUAGCAAUCCGUAGUAAGGAUGGCGGCCGAUGUAAAAGUGACUCCGAAGUGUAGUUUGGAUGCGAAUUCUUGUGUUUCUUUGUUAGACAUUCUAAUAUCAUUUAAUGCUCCUAUUAAUGAGCAGCAUGCAUGGGCGUUGUGUUAUCAGUGUGCAAAGUCCUUUAAAAAUGCAAUGCCGGGUGAUAAGGGCAAGUGUUAUUAUGUGACAGAACUGGAGCAUGUUUUACUUCACAAAGAUGGAUAUGUGCACCCAAACACGAUAUUCGCCGGUGGAGGGCCGAACGACACAGGGCCUCCGACGUCGAGAGUGCCUGUCUCAUCGGAGCUGCAGGUGGUGUUCCACCUGGGCCUCAUCAUCUACCGGGCGCUGGACUUCGGGCUCAACGAGCGCGAGGAGCGGCACCUCAGCCCCGACUUGGAGGCCCUCAUCGACAUGAUGACAGAGAGCGCGCAGGAGCGGCAGCAGCAGGAGACGGACGACGAGGGCAUCGAGCGAGACUCCGCUGACAGCGAAGACGACGUCGACGCUGCCGUCUCUGGAGACCGCGGACGGGUCUCCCUCUCCACCGUCAUACAGAGGUGCAUCUCGCACGUGGGUGCGCCGAGCGCGCAGCAGGCGGACCAGCAUUACCGCGCCGUGUGCCGCGCGCUGGUCGCAGAGGCCAUCGAGCUGUCGCAGUUCCUCGAGAAGGUCUCGCAGGGCACGCGCGAGCUGCGCGCCACGGCCGAGGCCGCCUCCACCGACCUCGACAUGCUGCGCUUCUCCGACUGGACGGGCCUUAGGAUGUGGAGGGUGCUCCAAGCGCGGCUAUGGGUGCAGGUGAUCCACGAGCUGCGGCACGGCGUCAAGCUGAAGAAGGUGAACUAUAGCCGCGGGCCAAUAGAGUACGAGCUCACGCCCUACGAGAUGCUCAUGGAGGACAUCCGCUCGCGCCGCUACAAGCUCAACAAGGUGAUGGUGGACGGCGACAUCCCUCACAGGGUGAAGAAGGACGCGCACGCCAUCAUCCUCGAGUUCAUCCGCUCCAGACCGCCGCUCAGGAAGGCGUCCGAGCGGAAGCUGCCGCCGCCCCGCAGCAGGCAGUGCACGCCCAGGGAGCUGCUGAUGGAGUCCAUCAAGCGCGGCUGCCACCUGCGGCCGUCCCUGUCCCACCUCAAGAAGAGGAUGACCGUGGCUUCCUUUGAUGGGUGGCCGCGGUACGAGAUGGCAGCUCUGUCGCCAUGGCACACUCCGACAUCUGUUAUUCCUGUGGAGAGUCCACAGGGAAACAAGGAAGAGCCUGUGGCGAACGGCAACGCCAAGAACACCAGGCGACUCAUCAAAGUCGACUUCUCCGUGCUGCAGAGUGACGACGAUGACGACGACGAAGACGACGUGGACGUAACGUCGCCGACGCGGAACGGCGGCCCCACCCCUGCGUCGUCGACUGCAGCGACCAAGGGCAGCUCGAGUGGCGAAGGUCGCCGCCACCCCUGGCACCGGACAGGUAUCCUGACGCACCACGAGUACCACAGCUACAUGGACAGCGCUCUCGAGUCGUACGACCUCGCAACGCAGUGUCCAAGUCGCCGGGCUUCGAUGCGGAGGCACACAAUCGUCGUGUGUAAUCCGCAGCAACAACAGUUAGCAGCAGAAGCUGGCCUGGGUAGCCAGUCAGUGCCACAUUCGAGGCCACAAUCGAGGGGCCCUACCCCAUCGUCAGCAAGUUCGGAAGCGGGUACAGAUACAGGCAUGCUGGGAUUAGGAAAUACACUUCCUGAGAUGUCGUGGUCGAGGUCUUCCCUGCAAGAUGAGCUGCUACAUUCGAAAAACUGGCAGCAAGCCAUGGAGUGCCUCUCUCUCACACUGGAGGAAAUUGUCCACAUACGGAGUGUGCUUACAAAAGCAGAAUUGGAAAGUCUACCAGUAGAGGGGCAUGUGAAAGAGGAUGUAGAGAAACGAAAGGUGUGCUUCCUUUGCCUGAAAACAAGAUUUGGAAUCUUUGGUCCGUGGGGCCAGUUGUGCAAACUGUGCAAGAGAACAGUGUGUGCCAAAUGUUAUUCAAAGAUGAGGAUACCAACUGAACAUUUCUCCAGAGUACCUGUCUUUGCUUUGAGUCCGGGUCUGUCAUCUCCAGAAGAGGAGACAAAGGAGUCAUUUCCUCGGUCGUUGAUGUCACGACUUAUGGUUCCUGACACAGCAGCACGAAAUAGUGUUGGGAGUGCACCAUCCAGUCCACAUCUUACAAGAGGCGAAUCAAUGUCUGCACCACCUUCUGCUAUGAGCUCUAGCAUGACGGGCAGCAUAGAAGGACCACAGUCGUUACCUGCCAUGAGUCCUGCAUCUACAGCCAGUGAAAGGAGGAGUAUGUUGAGCCGAUCAAAAACACUUGGGCGACCUGAAACCAAGAAAGAUAAGCUGAAGGGCCUCCAGAUGACAGUCUGUCAUGACUGCAAGACGAUGGUCAUACAGAUUAUUAAAUCAUCACGCACAAGUCGCAAUAAUGCCAUUAGACACCUUACAUUAAACCUUUCUCCUGUAUACUGAAAUGUUAAAGAUGUGUAAAAGUUGUAAAUAUCCUAGAUGAAUAAAGAUGUCUGUACCUGCACUUGACCUGUUAAACCCAGGGUAAUAUUGUGUUGUUAAGGACUUUGUAACUGGAGCCCAGCUAUUCUAUAUCAUCCCAGCCAUCAAAUGUAUAUUGCUGUUUCUUUACAUAAAUAGCAAAAUGAAGGCUGACAACUAAAUGAAGGUGCUGUGCAACCCCGUGUAAAUAAUUCUGUACAAUAAUUUAAAACUGUAAUCAUUUUCAUUUUCUCUCAUUUCCUUAUUUAUUUCUGUAAUUUUGUUUGUCUGUCGCACAUAAAUGUGUAAAACUGCAUCCCUCAACAUUUUGUUGAGUGAAUUAUGGAAGUGUUACAAAGCAUCUGAGACAUAAAAAACAUUGCAUAAUUUGCUGAGUUGACUUAUAUGGUUUAAUAUUUUGUUCUGUCAUGUUACUGAAACCUAAGACAGGCAUAACAUGUCUGUUGUUCUGACAGUGUGUGUCAUUCUUGGUCCUCACUUAAGGAGUUUCAUGAAAAUUUUGAAUCUCUGGAGUGUGAGAAUGAGGUUAAAAAUUUCAGGGUCAUUCACAAAAUUAAAUUUUCCACACAGUGACUGCAGUUAUAGUAUCAGUGAUACAUUGCUCUGAAUCUCGGAGAAAGGAAGAUCUGAGAUCUGAGUUUCAUUAACGUUCAUGAAAUGGUUUUGUAAAUAAGGCAUGGAAAAGUGAUGACUGUAAGAAAUGAAUGUAUCUUUUCAUCUUGUUGAAAAAUCUGUAGAAGUUAGGUCUGUGUCAGACUGGUUCUUUCUAUAGUUGUUAGUGGUGAAAUAGUUCUGGUGAUCAUUCCUAAAAAUAUAUGUCUAGAGUAAUGUGAUACUAAUAUUUAUUUAAGACCUAAUGAAUGAUCUAAUUUGAUAAUAUGCUGUAGAUACAAUGUGUGAAAGCAUAAUAUAGUAGUUGUAUCAAACAAACUGUUGGGAAUAGGAGAUAAUUGUUGAAGAGUACACAAUCAAGUGCACAGCUUUUUUAUUUUAAGAAAAAUCCUGUAAAUCUCCUACAAUGGCCUUCACAUAUAAGCUAGUUACAUUGUUUAGAUAAAAGGAAAAGCUGUGAAAAUGUAGUACUUACAAACACCCUCCUACACAAGAUAUUGUGCAACAGAGAGAUUCAGGCACUUUGCUUUACCAUAUAAUUUAAUACUGCAUAUAGUUUGUCACAGCUUGAUCUGAAUCCUGUUUGUAUAAUUUUUCAUAGAAAAUUUUUUUUGUGCCAUUCAAAAGUACAGUAAACUUGGAUACAACCAGAAAUGUUGAAUAAUUUUUUAGAAACCCACAGUAUUUUUGUAUAAAUAGUGUUAUUACAUUGGGAUUUACGUUACAUAUGAGAUUCUCCACACUUCAAAAUUGUGUAAACUGUCUUCGUACAGGAGUCCAGAAAAACAUAGGCAGCACAGCAAGGAGAAAGUAAGUGAUGACUAAAAAAUCAAAAUUGUCAGCAUAGACAAUAAUGAAGAGAUGAGUAUUUUAAAUGUGAAGGAUGAUAAAAAUAGGAUCGCUAUAUUUUAAUUAACAAAUGUUAUUUUUAUACCUGAAUUGUUGUAUAAUUAUUUGCACUCUGUUGUCAUUUAAAUUGUUGAAAUGGUUGUCACAUUAUUUUAAAACAAUUUCCACAUGAAUAUGAUCUGCCUUUUAGAUGUGAUUCUCAUCCUUCACCUUCACUUUCAUAAGUCAUACCCUUGAUAGGAGUGAGUGUGGAAGGAACACAGACAUUCGUAGUUCACAACAGUAUAUGCCUCAUAUUUGUACAUACAUGUGUGUACGGUUUUCUUCUACUGUAAUGAAUAUGCUCAUUUCCUGUCCUGCACAUUGUUAUUAAAACUGUGUUCCCUUCAAUAAAAAGAUUGAGUUUUUUAA